AGGUGCAGGCGCUGUCUCAGAGCAGCAAGUUUGAGGCUGAGAUUCGAGAGGAAAAGGAGGAACGAAUAAAGCAGCAGACGGAGAAGAAAGAACGACAAGCUGCUUUCAAGCAGCUGCAGUCUGCCUUCACUUCAUGACCCCUCGGUCCUCACACGGCACAAACUAAUCAAAACACAAGACAAACACACACAACACUUGCAAUGACAUCACUUUAUGGCAACAUGCUUAAAAAUAAAUAAUCACAAAAGUCUAGAACAUAAUUACUAACAAACUACAUGUCACAUGUUCCUUCAUCUCAGACAUUCCUUUAAUAUUUUUCUGACUUUCCACAGAUGUUCGUCAGACGUUCCUCAGACGUUCCUCAGAUAUAGAACAUGUUUAAGAUUUUUUUGGGCUUGAAAAAAUCUACAGUGUUUUGUCUUGUGUGGAUUUGCCUGUCCGACUUGAUUUGAAGAGGUUUUCAAACCUUCCUGUCACAUGUCUUCACUGUUUUCUGCUGUAUGUGAAUAACUGUUCACGCCUGGUCUCUGACCGUGGUCAGCGGUGGUUGGUCCAACUGGUUUGUUGAAGUAGAGUCUUCUCUACAGCCAACAAACUAAAACCAGGUUAAAAAAAGAAACUAGUCGUCUGAAUCAUUCACAUGUCACCGUGUGAAAGACUCUACCUCUGUGUUGAGCUGACUGAACGAGUCCUAUUUGAACUGGCAUCAAGUUUUUGUUUUUAGUCUGUAGAUACAAAAAGUUUCCUCAAAGUAAUUUCACCUCCAAGAGAGCCAUGCACAGUGUUGUUUAAAAGUGAAUACGUUUUGUGCACAGGAUCACUGAUCGGCUGGUGCCCAAACUUUACAAACUGAUUCCAGCUGUUGGUUGAAUGAAUGAGUUGUUCUGACGUCUGUGUUGGACCUGUUCAGAACAUUGUUGUGGUUCUUGUCAGGAGCCAGUUCCAGGCUCACGCUAACUCUGUCACGUUGCCACUGCAUUGAUCCAGCCCGCUGUGCUCACUUCAUGGCACUGACGUGCUCUCCGCUGGCUUCACAAACUGGCUCUGCCUUGAUUCUCAACUUGUACCACAUUAUGUCGAUCAGACGUAGUGCUCCAUGAAAACAAAACGUUUGUGAUCACAUAAAAUCUUACAGUUAGUGAUGAUGUUGGAGAAGCAGAUGAAGUGAAGGUGUAUUUUUAAAGAACGAGUUGAGACGGUUCUGUUUCUAAACUCUUUUGAUUUGAAGCUUGGUGGCCAUGUCAGACCUUCACAUAAAGAUUCGAUUCAUCCUGUUCUUUGAUUCAUAUAAACAUUAUUUGUUCUGAACAAAUACUUAUUUUUUUAUUCUUUGCCUACAUCAGUGUCAGGCUGAAUUUGGAACGUUUUAAACAACAGAGUAUUGUACAGUGGGGGUGUUUUUAUGUUCAAGCAGUACUUUUUGUUUUUGAAUCCUGGCAUGUGAGUAUGUCCAACAGGACGUGGACAGCCUGUAAAUGUGAGCACACUGGAGUUCUCUUCAUCUUUAGAGCCUGUUUUCUGUCUUGAAGUAAAGAACGAUGCUGGUAAAACUGAGCAGACCUGUGCUCAUCAUCAAACGUCUCAUCACGGAGGAGACGAGCUCAAGUUGACUACAACUGUUCUUACACAUUGGCAUUCCUUCAUUGAUCACUUAAUUCAGUCAGCUCCUCAGAUCUCACAUUUAAACAUGAUGAUGCACAAAUUACAAAAUAUUUCAGCUCCUUUAAACUGUAAUUCUGCAAAGUCUGAGGAUUUGUACUAGAACGGUUUGGUCCAGCGAACACUGAGCUGGGUCUCCUCAGCGAUCCUGGAUGACCCACUGCACACAACAACACAUGUUGAGUGAAAAUGUUCACACGUCUCCAGUUUUCCCAGCAACCUUUGGACUUGUCCUAUGUGGGAAUGGUUUGGGGUAUUGAUUAUUGAUAAUUUCCCUUUGUAGCUGUUAUUACAGAUGUGUAUUCUCUUUUGAUCUCAGCUGGACAGAGGUAUGUUUGAUUUCAACAAAGGAGUUUGAAGCAUGCCACAAGUGUGGGACCAUAUCUUUAGCAAUGUUUCAAAACUAUUUACCGGUAGUUGAUAGAACAUAUUACUGUUUAUGAAAAUGUAUUUUUUUAAUGGUAAAACUGUCUUAUUCGAGAGAGAUAUGUUGCCAAAUAUAAAACAAUAAUGACAUAUAUUUUUAGCCAUCUGUGUGUAGUCCUGCUUCCUGUGAAAUUAAAACUUUAAUAAAGGUACUUAUAAACAA